AUAUCUCGGUUCUGACCCUAAGGUUAGAGUCGAUCCUAAGAGUGUUCGAUCCACUCCAACUAAGAUCGAUGGCGACUCCCAAAAAUGCCGACGCGACGACAACGGACCCCCCGGACGGGACGGUUGCGACAGUAAUGGUAGCCCUAAGUUGUUGGGCACUGCUAAUAAUUAAUUAAUUAAUUGAUUAUCAUAGUUUCAGUUAUGCAUAUGAGUAGAUAUGACAAAUGAAUUGAAUGACGGAUUGGGAUUAAUAGAUUGAAUUAAGGGGUCAUUUGGAGAAUAAGAUUUGGGUUAUGAACAUCAAAUUCACGGGGACUGAAAAUUCGAUUGUGAAGUUGUGCAUAAAAUUGGUUAUGCCUCGGAUAUUUCACCCACAUUAAUUGGUGAGUUCUAUUUGAUGAAUUUCAUAAUCUGUUAUUAGAGUUAUUUCCGGUUUGCGCUAAUUUGAUUGUCUAUGGUCCUUUAAGUAGGGGGUGUGCAUCAGUCUAGCCCGUCCAAAACUAUAUCAGAUCGAGACAAAAUCGGGGCAAAACCGUAAAAGAAAAUUGAGAAACAUAACCACAUUGAAAGUGCAUUUAAUAUGACUCGAUCUAGUUAAAUUUUGGUUCGGAGCAUUUUCCCCCCUUAAAUAUAAAGAGAUUCAUGGAACAACAAGAAUCCAACAUUUAUUCGAUCGCAGGACUUGACCAAGCUAGGGUUUCCGAUUAUUAGGGUUAGAACCCCUUAAUUACGGACAAAGGUUGGGAGAAUGACAAAGAUGCAUGUAUUAUCCAUCAUAGCCCAAUCCGCCACUCAUUACUCAACCACUCAUUCGGUGUGAACCUGAUCCCAUACCAAGAUCUCCAUUCAUAAGUAUUAAUAAUCGGGUAAUGACUAUUUAUUAGCCAAACAUUUUUGAAAUUGUUUUUUAUUAGUCAAACAUAUUGAAUUACUAAUAAUUAGCUAAACGUUAACAUCCAGUUAGCAAUUUUUGUUAGUAAUAUUGACUUAACAACAUAAUACUGACUUGGAAGAGACACAUGGAGGUCAACAUUUCAACAUUUUAGUAUUUUAUCUAAGAAAUAUGUUACAAAACGUUUAACUGAUUCUUAAUAUUUCAGUAGAUUUGGCUAAAAUAAAAGAAUCCGAAAAAAUAUUUGGAUAAUAAAUAUGCAUUACCCUUAAUAAUCUCGAACACGGUAACCAAACUACGUUCUCGGACCGUUAGUUUUCUUUCUCCGCGCGUACCAAACCCAAAAGAUAUAACUUUUUCUGACGCGUUAAAAAUCAGUCCAUCCUACAAUCACACAAACCAGAUUUUUUUCCCAGAUUUUUUUUCCUAGUUGGCUUGUUCAUUCCUAUUUACAGCUGUUUGAAAGAUUAAUCUCCCAUCAACCACACAACUUCAUUUUAUGGGGUAUGAUCCUAGACGCUUUUAGCGUCUGUCUUCCUGAGGAAAAAAACAACAACAACAAAUUCCUAAGAAAUGCAGAGAAAUAAGGUAAGUAUGUUCAAGGUAAAUGGAAAAAAAAAAAACAGAUAUGGAAGGUGGAUUAAAUUGAAAUGAGCGCACCUAGAAACGUUACUGCUACAAGUUCAGGUGCAUGCUUAUAUAUAUAUAUACCUCUCCAAUCUCCAUCCAUCCCUCAUUGUCUCACUCACUGUCUUUUUACCUCAUUCUGCAUAAACAAAAACCAAAGAGGUAGUGACACUAACAAUGGCGGGUUCAAAGCUAUUUACAGCUUUUGCGGUGGUGUUCCUUCUCCUGGCGACCGUGGCCGUCGAGGAGGCCGUCGCUUCGCCGCCGCGGCGAGAAGCGGCGAUCGGCAACCCUGGUGGAGCGAUUCGGUGCGAUCCCAGGUGCCUGAGAGCCCACCCCAAGGACCCUGCUGAGUGCUGCUCAGUCCCUGUUGGGGAUAAUGGGAGAUGAUGAUGAUGAUGGAGAGAUCGAGCUGGCUGUGCUUUGUGCUUCGCUUCUCAUCAUGGUGAUGUAGUGAGGCAAAAAAAUGGGGGGAGAGAAUAAGGAAAUUGGAGAGGAGGGGAAUGGUUCUGAUCACAUCACAUGAUCGUUUCUCUUGAUUUCCUCGUGUAAAUUGGAUCGAUCUAUUGAAUGAAAUACGUGUGUUAUUAUACGUUCAUUUCCGCCGCGAGUAAGAUUUAAGGCCCUUGUUUGCUUCAUGGAAUUUAUCAUGGAUUUAGUACUUAAAAACCAAGUAUCAUGGACAUUGUACACAAUCCGUUAUUUGCUUAAUGGAUUUAGGAGGAAUAAAUCCGUGGACUCCACGGACUUGAGAAUUCCACCCCCCCAAGAGGUGGGAUUUGAGUUGGGAUUUGGGGUACAAAGUCCAUGAUGACUUUUUUACAAUUUUAACCCUGCUUAUUUUCACUAAUCAUCUGGUACUCAUCCUCUUUCAUUUACUAAUUACCAACUUGAAGUGCAUAUUAAUUUGCAUCCAAUAUUUAUUAUUAUUCAUUGCACGAAAGCACUACAUGAUUAAUCACAAAGCAUACUUUGUAAUAUUGAAAACCUUAAGGAAUUGUCUAAUAUAAUUGUCUAUAAUAUGAUGUUGUUAUUGAUUAAUGAUGUUCAUUUAUUCUGAUUGUGGUAGUGGGACGAACCUAUUGGAUGACACUUGUUUUAAACAAAAAUUAUAAUGUAAAUAUAAAUAAUACUCAAUCAGGACACUAAGGUAAAUUCCUAAUACAAGCACAAAUAUAAUAAUGUCAAAUCCAUCAUGAAAUCUAACAAGCAAACGGUGGUUUGUACCAAAAAUCAAAUGGGGCAAUUCCAUCAUAUAUCCAUGGUUUUGGAAAAACCCAAGUUUUAACCAAAACCUUCAUUUUUCAAAUCCAUGAAGCAAACGAGCCCUUAGUUCUCGGAUGGUUGGUUCGGAGUAAUAGAUUUGCGGUUGAGGGUCCUGAUCUAGCUCUAUUAUAUUAUACGAUUCAUAAGUGGAGAACCGAAGGAGCCGCCCGGUUUUAUUGAUAGAUUCAUAAUUUAGAUAUAAAAAAAACAGUUUAAGAAACAAGUAGGAUAACAUGAAUCGAGACCUACCAACUCCAAUUACUGAUUUGGAUUUGAUAAAAUUUUCAUAUGAUUUAUUUUAUUAGACGGUGGUGAAUUGUUAGAACUUCUAGUCAUGGAUGAUAUGGGUUUUGAAUUGUUUUGAGGAAUAUCAGCAACCCACAUGCCACAUGAGUGACAACGGGGUAUUUGCAUAUUAACCAUCAAGGAUUUUGUCGAGGCGCAAUGUCCGACGUUGUGCUACCGUUAUCGAGAAGACUUGGUCUCCUGUAUCAAAGGUGCCUUUUUUCAUAUGAUUUAUUUUAUUAGACGGUCGUGAAUUGUUAGAACUUCUAGUCAUGUAUGAUAUGGGUUUUGAAUUGUUUUGAGGAAUAUCAGCAACCCACCAGCGGCGGAUCCAGAACACAGAAGAGCACUGGGCCGAGUUUCAUUAGAAAAUUAAAUAGUAAAAAAACAUAAUGAUU